CAUGUAUAAAUAAUAAUUGUAUUAGUUCUUAAUAUUAACCGGAAAAAAAAGAGUGAGCCAAAGAAAAAAGGUUAAGACGAUCGUCCCAUUGGUUUUACCAACAAUCUCUCUUCUCCUCUCUCAAAAUUAUUGUUCCUCUUUCUUUCUCUCUAGGGUUUCGAAAGAACUCGAAGAAAAGGGAGGAAGAAGAUGAGUUACGAUCCGGUUCAAAGCAGCGCAAAUGGUAAUCUCGACGAACAAAUUGCUCAGCUUAUCCAGUGCAAACCCUUGUCCGAGCAGGAGGUUAGGGUGCUAUGUGAGAAGGCCAAGGAGAUUCUCAUGGAAGAAAGCAACGUCCAGCCUGUCAAAAGCCCAGUAACAAUUUGUGGUGAUAUUCAUGGGCAAUUUCAUGAUCUCGCGGAGCUGUUUCGAAUUGGAGGGAAGUGUCCAGACACAAACUACUUGUUUAUGGGAGACUAUGUUGAUCGUGGCUAUUAUUCAGUUGAAACCGUAACACUCUUGGUGGCUCUCAAAGUGAGGUAUUCACAGAGAAUUACUAUAUUGAGAGGAAACCAUGAAAGUCGUCAGAUUACGCAAGUAUAUGGCUUCUAUGACGAAUGCUUAAGAAAAUAUGGUAAUGCAAAUGUGUGGAAGAUCUUCACUGAUUUGUUCGACUAUUUUCCCCUCACAGCAUUGGUUGAAUCAGAAAUAUUUUGUCUCCAUGGUGGGUUGUCACCUUCUAUUGAAACCCUUGAUAAUAUACGGAAUUUCGAUCGUGUUCAAGAAGUUCCUCAUGAAGGACCUAUGUGCGAUCUUUUAUGGUCUGACCCUGAUGAUCGCUGUGGAUGGGGUAUUUCACCCAGGGGUGCUGGAUAUACUUUUGGCCAAGAUAUUUCUGAGCAAUUUAACCAUACCAACAACUUAAAGCUUAUUGCAAGAGCACACCAGCUGGUUAUGGAGGGAUUCAACUGGGGCCAUGAGCAAAAGGUUGUCACUAUUUUCAGUGCGCCUAAUUACUGUUAUCGAUGUGGAAACAUGGCAUCUAUCCUGGAAGUGGAUGAUUGCAAAGGACACACCUUCAUUCAGUUUGAACCAGCUCCAAGGAGAGGAGAGCCUGAUGUUACCCGCAGAACGCCAGACUAUUUCAUGUGAAGUAGAACUCACCGAACAUUCAGCUUUUAGUGCUGCUAACUGCUUUUUAUAGCUUGGAAGUUACCUUAAAUAUUUGGAGUCAUAUUUAACUAUGACGAGGAGGGUAAUGAAAAACAUGUAAAAUGGGAUGUGUAAACAGUUGUUUUCUGGAAACCCGUUAGAGCUAUGGGAAACAGAGCAGUGGAUAUGUUUACUACAUAUUGUACUGCGUCCUGCGUGGUUAUGUGUCGUCCUCUUUGUUAUUCCCUUGCACAAUUAGUUCUUUGAUUUUUUGUCCAGUGUAGAAGGAUCCAUUGUCUGGAUUUACUAGCAGGGUUAUUGUGUAGAUGCAAUUUUCACCUUUUCAGUAUUCUAUAGGGUUUUCUUUUUGGCCCCAACUCAUUAUCUUUGGCCUUUAUCAUUUCUUAUAUUAUAUUUGGGGUGAGAGUGGAUUCUUGUCA